AUGCACAACGCGACAUUCUUAGAGCCGGGCGGGGUCAACGCUUCGUGCCCAGGUUCGGCGCUGGGCUGCUCCAACGCGUCAAGUCCCGCGCCGCUGCCGCUUCCGCAGUCGCUGGCGGUGGCCGUGCCAGUCGUCUACGCCGUGAUCUGCGCUGUGGGGCUGGCGGGCAACUCCGCGGUGCUGUACGUGCUGCUUCGGACUCCGCGUAGGAAGACCGUCACCAACCUGUUCAUCCUCAACCUGGCCAUAGCGGACGAGCUCUUCACACUUGUGCUGCCCAUCAACAUCGCCGACUUCCUGCUGCGACAAUGGCCCUUCGGAGAGCUCAUGUGCAAGCUGAUCGUUGCCAUCGACCAGUACAACACCUUCUCCAGCCUCUACUUCCUCACGGUCAUGAGCGCAGACCGCUACCUGGUGGUGCUGGCCACCGCCGAGUCGCGCCGCGUAGUGGGCCGCACGUACGGCGCCGCGCGCGCGGUGAGCCUGGCGGUGUGGGGCAUCGUCACGCUCGUGGUGCUGCCCUUCGCAGUCUUUGCCCGGCUCGACGACGAGCAGGGCCGACGCCAGUGCGUGCUGGUCUUCCCGCAGCCUGAGGCCUUCUGGUGGCAGGCCAGCCGCCUUUACACGCUGGUGCUGGGCUUCGCCAUCCCAGUCUCUACCAUCUGCGUCCUCUACAUCACCCUGCUGUGCCGGCUGCGUGCCAUUCGGCUGGAUAGCCACGCCAAGACCCUGGACCGCGCCAAGAAGCGGGUGACCUUCCUGGUGGUAGCGAUCCUGGUGGUGUGCCUCCUCUGCUGGACACCCUACCAUCUGAGCACGGUGGUGGUGCUCACCACUGACAUCCCGCAGACGCCGCUUGUCAUUGCCAUUUCCUACUUCAUCACCAGCCUGAGCUACGCCAACAGCUGCCUCAACCCCUUCCUCUAUGCCUUCCUGGACGACAGCUUCCGCAGGAGCCUGCGCCAGGUGAUGGCUUGCCGCCCGGCCCCCUGA